CCCUAUCUCGACAUGAAACUGUUCCCUGAUACUUCUCUUUCUUUUCCUCUUCCAGGGGGGCGGGGGGGUAUAUUGCACCACAAACACCAGAGAAGGAAAUUAAGAUGGAACAACCGCAGGGCUUGAAAAAAGAAAACAUGUCAGGCACAAGCAAAACACAAAAGGAAAAGACACAAAACCUAGUCGUGACUAGCAACGUGUCCAGAAGAAACAAAAAAAAAGAGCAAUCAGACGAGUAGUCAGGGUGGUUUAUUAUGAGCGCAUUGUUGCUCGCGGAUGGCCGUAUGUUGUUGAGAGAAGAUGCUUUUGUCGAUCAACC